AUGAGAGCGAUUGCCGAGGAGGUGCAAGCGCACAUGGAGCAAGCCUCGAUAGUACAUUGUGCAAUAAGCCUUUUCCCCUUUCUGUCAUUAGCCUACUGCUCGAGCCACACGGACCUGGAAAAGGUCUGCCAGGAGCUCAGAUCCGACGAGAAUCUCAACUCGAUGUUCAGGCUGGACUCGAAGCCAAUCUCCUGCCCCUUCGUCGGGCCACCGUUCAGCUUCAGCUACAAUCGGGGCCACGGCGAGUGCAAGGCCCUGGAGAAUCAGGCCGAGAGCUGCAUCGACGAUAGCAAGCUUCUGCUGAAGUAUCAGGCCUGCGCGGACAUACAGGGGGCCGAGAGCAGCACCGAGGAGCUGCAGUGCCUGGCGACAUGGAAGGAAGGUCGUAACAUGUAUUUGCUCGGGACGCUGAAAUUGGUUGGCAGGGCACAGGCCAGCGAGGAGACAUUCAGAUGCUUCUUGUACGAGAAAAUCCAUAAAGAGGGAAAAAUUGAAUAUUACAUUUCCGAGUCCGGCGAUCCGAGCUGCAAUGGCUUGACUUCGAUUACCGAGGGCGCGCGAAAUUUCAAUUUUACAAAAGAGGAAAAGGAGCACGUUAGGUGCAAAUAUCCGUCGUGGGUGACGCAACACCACGAUUGGCACUUCCUAGAUGGUUCGAGGAACUAUCACUUCACCAAAGGUAACUCGAUGCUGAAGGUGACAUUUAACGAUGAGAUGAAAAGCGAUGAGAAGGUUGUCUGUCACAAUCUUGAAAAGAUGCAUCCGAAUGACGAUAUGCAGGGAUCAAAAGUCAAACUCGUCGCUCACGUCGCCAGCGGAUGUGACACCGGCUACGUCUGCAUGAUCUUUCACAAACGAGACGGACACGUUAUCGAGGUUCAGCAAUCGAGUCAGAAGUCGAUUAUGCCUCACGAAGCCUGUUCGCUCGAUGAUCCAUCCAAGCAGCCCUUCUCCACGCUCAUAACGUCCACGCUGCACAAGAGGUCGUGCCCGAAACCGGGCCGCUACACGGUCCUCGACCUCGUCUCCUCGCCACAGUUGAGAAUGCCAAGGCGGCAGCGACGCUUCGCCAAGGCCCUCAGACUCUCGGAGCGCGCGUGGAAGGAGGAGAGCAACGAGGCCGCCGAGGGGCCGGCCGACGACUGCCAGAACGCCGACGUGCAGAUCGGCUGCACCUCCAGUGGCCAAAACGAGAUGAUCAUCCAGGAGUCGUGCGACAGGAGGAGGAACGACAUAGCGUACUCGUGCCACGGAAGCUGGGAGGAGGAGGGCACCUGGUACACGAUAGUCUCGCGGAACAGGAGCGUCACGGAGAAGGAGACGCUGUGCGUCUCGAUGCGGCUGAGCGAAAGCACGAGGGAGCUGCCGGGGAAGGUCGGCGGCAGGGUCGAGCAGCAGGAACUGUGGCUCUCGAGGCCCCGUAACUUUUGUCAGCGCGGUACGCCCGACCAAUGGACCUACAAGCUGGCCAAUCAAGGUGUGUGCGAGGAUCUAAUGAGAGCAGCCUCGAGUUCCGCAUCGUCAUCGUCCCUGAUGAGGGUCUCCGUCAUCCUGUCAAUUGGUGUGACAGUGCUGUGCAGCAUCUUGUCGAGAUGAUGUGUGUACGUUGCCCUGAGAUGAGCAAGGUGGACUCGAGGCGAUGAACGCAGCACCUCUAUCGGACCGGACUCCAUCGACGACAUUGAACUCUCUAUCGUAUAGAUAUGUACAUUGAACUGGAUGUCCCGGUUUGGAGGAACGCCCUCUGCGAGUCG